UGUUUGUUCUCAGUCAAACGCGAACUGUCAGCAGAAAAAUACCUAUGUUUCGUGACGUUUCGGCAGUCGUAGUCUUGUGAUGUGAGAAUUCAUAUAGUGUGUGGUGCAAAUAAGAAAAAAAAAAUAUAUUUAAGCGAUAUGCACACAAAGUGCAUUUUAGUGUGUUGCUUCGUUUAUAUUUUUGUAUAGUCAUUGAAUAGCAUCGCAUCAAGUAAAAUAAAUCGACGACGCAAAUUUAAGUAAAGAAAAAAAAGAAGUCCCAAAUGAAUCGCUUCAACUAUAUACAACAUCGAUGCAGCUAAAUAAGACAGAGACAUUCAAAGAGUUUCGAUGAGAUUGUACAAGUUUUUUUCUCAUAUGGCCGUGACGCCCCAAACAGUAUCAACUGUGUGAAUUUUUAUUGGUGACUAAACAUUUCAACUGAAUUACUAUAGGCUAAAUGUUAUUCGGUGCUUGGCAUUGAGCAAAAGAAACAAAAUCAUAACGGCCAAAGAAACAACGACCGCACUAGCAACACCAGCCGCAGCAGCAGCAGCAGCAGCAGCGAAAAAUAUUAUUUAGUAAAUUUGUUUUUGGGUGCUUUGGUGACGACAACAUUGCGCUACAUUUCGAUCAGUUGUUUUGUGUCAUCCGUUCAGUUUGUGUGUGCUAAUGGUUGAAACGUGAAACCGCAAUUCGAUUGUCCCAUUUUCCAAUCUCAAUUUUAAUGAGUCACAUAUUCUGAACCGAAACAGAGAAAAGAUAAAAUGACAACACACGUCACAAAAGCCGCAACAGUUGCCAGCAAAAUGGUCAACGGAAAUAAUUCAAAUGCACCUAGUCAUAAUAACGUAACAAACGGCGCUAGUGUGAAUGCCUUAAAUGCAGCUAACCUAAGCGGAACAUCUGCUGCACCAACGAAUAACACGGAUUUCGGCGAUAAUUUAAACAGUAAAAAUCAAAAGCGAACACGUCAAAAGCCAAAGCUAUCACCUUCGAACAUGAACACAUCGCAGCAACAGCAAUAUAGCAAAAAUAAUGCAUUGGCCAACAGUGCCAAUGGCAGCAGUCACAAUUUAAAUGCAAAUAAUAAUCAAUUCAAUGCAAAAUCAAUGGACGAUUGGCUCAACAGUAACAAUAUUGGCAGCUUUAACAAUGGCAACUCAAAUGCGGAUGCGAAUCGAUCGACUCAUCUGGAUGAAUGGCUGAAUGCUACCAUGAAAGAUUCACCGAAAACAUUUUCCGUGUCAUCGACAGAAUUUCUAGACGGACCCACACGAAACGUAAUCAAUUCGAAUGGAUUGGGUUCAAUGGGGAUGGUUUUACCGCCCGUCAAUCUGCUCCGUAUGAUGCCUGAAUUUCAAAACCAAAGUAAUUUCGGAUAUGUCAAUAAUUUUGAAACAUCGCCAUACUUUCGAGCCUCAAAUUUUGCAUCACCUUCGGCUGCCAUGAAAACGCCCAGUCAUCAUUCCGAAUUCACUAGUCUUCCGCCUGCCGUUAACUUGAACACCGAUACGAAUCGAAGUUCCUCACAAAAUGAUUUGCUCGAUGGCCUAGACAAUCGCCGAUUCAGCGAUCCAUGUUUGGCCGCCAAUUCUGAGGAUGAAACACAAAACGAUCGUGAUAAAAGCAACACGAAAAAUCAAUCGGAUCACAAUAAGCUAAUAGCAACGCUCAUCAAACAAAUUAACAUUCUGCACGAGACUAAUUCAAAAAUCUGCCGAAAUUUAAAUGAUACGAAAAUUGAAAUUGAAACGUUGAAACAUGCACCAAAUUGGGAUUUAAGAAACCGUAGAGAUAGCAUAAGUGGCUUUAGCACACACAGCCAGCCCUUGGGAUAUACAUUUGGAGCACAUAGUCCAGCACCAACAUAUCACUCAGGUGUGUAUACGCCGGGAGUAGUGACUGAUGUUGUGCGAGAAGUUAAAGAAGCUGCUCGCGUACGGGAAGAGGCGUUGUUGAGUCGUGUGCGUGCAUUGGUCGAGGAGCGUUCCUGGUCGAUGAGCGAAUCAAACUUAAAAAUGAUGCGUGACUUGGAAGAAAUGAAAAUCCAAAUCAAUCAAUUGAAAGCGGAAAAAUUUGAAAUGAAGAAUCAAAUCGGAAAACUAGAGGAUGAAGUGAAAACCGUGAAAAGUAUUGUAUCGCAUUUACUAAACUUUGGUGGACAUUCGAAUUCAAGCACACCAUUCAAUCAAUCGAAUCAAUCGACACCGUUAAAUGCUCCCAAUCGAAAUUUUUUGCGCCAAAACUCAACGAAUCGACCGUCUGUAUCGCCCAGUGAUAGCCAGAAACGACGCAGUUUCCCAGUCAAAUACAAUCAAGAUGACGAUACGGAUUUACUGCGGCCGCUACAACAACAAUUCAAUGAGUUGCUCAAAGAAGACAAUCUCAAUUUUAGUCGCAACAAUAUUGCUCAGCACUCGAAAGACGACAUCUAUGCAAAUACGGAGAACGAUACCCACGACCAGAAUAUAGUUCAAAUGGAAAAAGAUAAUCUAGAAUUAAGGCGAGAGCUAGAAGAUGCACGGGCUACCAAUAAACAAGCCGAUAAAAGAAUCCAAGAUUUGGAAAAUCGUUUGAAGACACUGCAAACCAAAUCUCAAGCAGUGGAUAACAAUAACGUGGUUACGAUAAGCACGGGUUCAUCGACGAUGCGAUUAAAUAACAGCAGUGGCAAUGCUGAUGAUUUUGUGGGAAAACAACAACAACAGCAACAACAACAACAACAACAACAGCAACAACAACGAAUCACAUCGACUAUUACAUCAGUCGGACCAAAAAUGAUGACAAACAGCAAUGGAACUAGCACCACUAUCAAUUUAACUGGUCCCGUCACCGAUUUAUAAUCAAUGCUUCAUCGUCGCGUUGACCAUAGCAUUGACAAGAUCAUCGAUAGCGCAUCACAUACCACCACCACCAACAAGGAAAAACAACCGGAAACCGAUGUCGACGCUACGAACAACCUAAUUUCAUUGAUUCAAUUGUGUUUUUUAAUGUUUUUGAUUUAUUUUUUUAUUACGCAUAGUGCCAUUUCGUUUGAUCGAAUUUUUUAUUUAUGUCGGGGAUGAAUUAGAAUUCCAUGUGUAGGUCAUUCGAAUCCAUCAUAUUCGAAUUGGAAAAAAAUUUCUGUCACAAAAUAUUUAAACACAUCACAUUCAUCAUCUGUGUAUGUUUUAUUUUUCUUUGGUAAAGAAGAAGUAGAAGAAGAAAACGUCUUUCUUUUCAUAUCAUUUCAUUCAUGUGAUUUUUGCGUUGUGAAGGGACAAAUCAACGGAAAACAAAUUUUUAUUUUAAAUAUUUAAUAAUCGGUACAACUAAUACAAAUUAAACGAAGGAUUUUUUUUUUAAAUGAAUAUUAUUUAAAGAGAAAUAAAAACAAAACUUUUAAUUGUGGUUCUUUUCAUGCUUUAUAGGUGAUUCGCAAAUAGCGAAUAUUAUUUUAAUUUUACUAAUUUAAAAUUCAGUUUAAACAAUACAAAAAAAAAUGUGCCUUUUUCAAACUAAAUACAAAAUGGAUGUUUUCCUAAAAAAAAAACAUUUUAAUAAAAAUAAUCAAUAUAAUUUUAUA